AUGUCUCAGAGAAAGAGAGCAUCCAACACACAGAGCUCCCAGAACAAAGGAGCACGGGUAACUAACAACAUACUUCCUCCAUCCCUCCAUCCCUAGCUCUCUAUACCUCCAUCAUUCCCCUCUCUCUAAAAAACCCUAAUCCCUCUAUCCAUCCCUUUCUGAUGAUGAUGCUGGUGUCUUUGUCUUUGUGAGUCCCAGCGUUUGGAGGCGUUGGUAGGUGAUGAUGAGGAUGACCCGUCCUUCACCCAGCCCAGUACGUCUCAGGUACAGAAGGGUCUGGACAGAGUGACACCUGCUCAGGUCGACCUGAAGGUAAUACACACACACACACACAAACACACACACACACACACACACACACAUCCUCAUAUCCAUCUCUCUCUUUCCCUAGACAGCUGAGGUGGUCCAGUUCAUCUUCGUUAAGGACCAGAAAAAGAUCCCCAUCCGCAGAGCA